AUGGCACGAGUCAGUACUACUGCUCUUGUUGUGAUUGCCGUUUUCGUUGUUUUUCCAAGCAUGGUUUUGGCAAAACAAUAUAUUGUCGGAGACGAUCAAGGCUGGGAGGGUACUGUUGAUUAUCAAGCUUGGGCAGAUGGCAAAACUUUCCAUGUUGGAGAUGUUUUAAUCUUCAAUUACGAAGCUGGUAACCACGAUGUUGCUCAAUCAGCCAGUGCUGAUGAGUUCAAUGACUGUGCUUCAUCUCCAGACUUGGGUACAUAUACUAGUGGCAACGACGCGUUAGCCUUGGACGUCGCUGGAACCUACUAUUUCUUAUGUGACUAUCACUGCGCUAUAGCUCAGCAAAAGUUUAUGGUCACUGUGAACUAG